GAGGAGCCGGAGACGCCGCGGAGGAGACCGGACCGAAGACCGACCGUGCCGGGGAGAGCAGGAGGGUGAAAAUGAAAGCGGGCUGCAGCGUCGUGGAAAAGCCAGAAGGAGGUGGAGGGUAUCAGUUCCCCGACUGGGCCUAUAAAACAGAGUCGUCCCCGGGCUCCCGGCAGAUCCAGCUGUGGCACUUCAUCCUGGAGCUGCUGCAGAAGGAGGAGUUCCGCCAUGUCAUCGCCUGGCAGCAGGGAGAGUACGGGGAAUUCGUCAUCAAGGAUCCGGACGAGGUGGCCCGCCUCUGGGGCCGCAGGAAGUGCAAACCACAGAUGAACUAUGACAAGCUGAGCCGGGCUUUGAGAUACUAUUACAACAAGAGGAUCCUUCAUAAAACAAAAGGGAAAAGGUUUACCUAUAAAUUUAACUUCAACAAACUGGUGAUGCCCAACUACCCAUUCAUCAACAUUCGGUCAAGUGGUGUGGUUCCCCAGAGUGCACCACCAGUGCCAACAGGCUCUUCCCGCUUCCACUUCUCACCACUGGACACCCAUUCUCCAACUAGUGAUGUGCAGCCAGGGCGGUUCUCUGCUAGCUCCCUAACUGCUUCUGGCCAGGAGUCAAGUAAUAGCACUGAUAGAAAGGUGGAGCUUUCAGAGCUGGAGGAUGGCCCAGCCGCUGACUGGCGCCGGGGUGUGGAUCUCAUGUCCUCCCGAAGUGCCGUGGGUGGAGGGAUUGGCCACCAGAAGCGCAAGCCUGACAUCAUGCUUCCUUUGUUCUCCAGGCCAGGGAUGUACCCUGACCCCCAUAGUCCCUUCGCCGUCUCUCCGAUCCCAGGCCGUGGAGGCGUCCUUAACGUCCCCAUUUCACCAGCCCUCUCCCUGACUCCUACCAUCUUCUCCUAUAGCCCCUCACCAGGCCUGAGCCCCUUCACCAGCAGCAGUUGCUUCUCCUUCAACCCUGAAGAAAUGAAACACUACCUUCAUUCUCAAGCCUGUUCUGUGUUCAACUACCAUCUGAGUCCACGGACAUUCCCUCGGUACCCAGGGCUCAUGGUGCCACCGCUGCAGUGCCAGGCGCACCCCGAGGAGCCAUCCCAGUUUUCCAUCAAGCUGCAGCCCCCACCCGUCGGGCGGAAGAACCGGGAGAGGGUGGAGAGCAGCGAGGAGGCAGCCCCUCUCCCUGCUCCCACACUGACUCCUGUCCCACCGAGGAUUAAGGUGGAGCCAGCCUUGGAAAAGGCUCCUGAGAGCCUCAGACAGUCAGCACGGGAGGAGGAGGAGCGCUCCCAAGAAGAGGGCAGUGUGCCAGGCAGGACCACGGAGGAGGAAAAAAGCACCAUCUUUGCCCGCCCGGCUGCACCGCCUGUGUGGCCUUCUGUACCCAUUAGCACCCCAAGUGAAGAACCCCUGGAGAUGUCUGAAGACAGUGAGGACAGGCCUGGCAAAGAGCCCGGGGCACCUGAGAAGAAAGAAGAUGCCCUGAUGCCCCCCAAGCUUCGGUUGAAGCGGCGCUGGAAUGAUGACCCUGAAGCCCUGAGUAAGAAUGGCAAGUUUCUCUGGAACGGGUCUGGACCCCGGGGCUUGGCAACAGCCGCUGCUGAUGCUUAGAACUGGAAGAGGAUUGGGAGCUGUUUAUACUAUAAUCAAACACACACAUGUA